AAAAAAAAAAAAAGAAAAAGAAGGAAAUGGCGGGAGCACUGAACCUGGAGCACACAGAUAGCAGGGCGCUCUCUCUCUCUCUCUAUCUCUACUGUUCAUGAUGCUCUCUCAUGCUUUACGGUCGCCUCUCAUGCUUUAUAGUCGCCGGUGGUCUGACAUCUCUCUGACCAGAGUCUGCCAAGAUUUUCCGCAUUCCAUUCCUCUGAUCACUUCCUCCUUCUCGCUCUCGUCUUUCAUCUUCCCACAAUGCCCAUCAACAGAGACUCCACGCCCCCGCCGAUGAUAGCCAAAAUGGGCCCGUACACGGUCUUCAUCACCCCGCCGCCCACCCCACAGUCGCCCCCGCCGGCCCUCGAGCCGGCCCUGAAGUACCGCCUCCCUCCGGUCCAGCCGCCGCCCCAGCAGUUCAACAAGCUCGUCCCAGAUGGCUCUGUUGUCGGGUUCCUCAAGAGCGCUGCCACCAAAGUACAGAGUGCACAUUCAAGCUUAGACGGUCAUCUGGCGCGUUGGCUCGGUCUGGACCAAUCCAAGUAUCAGUGGGUGCUGGAAGAUUACUAUGAGAGCAAGAAAUUUGAAAAGGAAGGUGCAAAGAAUCGACAAGUGUCAAGCAAGUAAACGACUGUUUGAGACUCUAAGGUGCUAUUAGCUGGUGAAGAUGGUUAUAUUUUGGUUGUCCUAUAUCGUCAUGUUGUAGCGUCUACUUGUAUGAUAGGCUAACGGAAACAUAGUGUCAUCAAUAUCUGCUCUUCUUGAGUAGGUUAAAAAUGUAUCUCGUUCUGAAUUGCAAGUAUUUCAGAGAUGCAAAAUCAUGGGUAUAUGUAACUUGACUUUUUGGAACCAUUGCUAGUUCAUUCUCGUGGGUACUCGGUACGGCAUCUUUUCAUCGAACUCGUGGAGAUUGCUGGCUAAAAAUAAGUAUACUUCAUUAUGAUUUUUCUUUCU